AUGCGGAUGUUGAUUAGUGAUGCCUGAUCCGGUCAGACCACGCCGUUGAAGAGAUGGACGCAUUUGAGUUGUUUCGGAAACUGGGAGCAGGAGCUAAAUUUGACCUAAAGAGAUUUGGUCAAGACGCCGCACGGUUCAAGGCAGUCAGAUCACAUGGAGGAGUAAAUUCCUCAGACCCUCUCUCUGCGAUCGAUUACUUUGGAUCAACCAAUGGAGUUCAGAGCAGAACUUCACUGGAGGAUGAUGAUGAAGAAGAAGAGGGUGACUAUGGAGAUGAAGAUGAGGUGGGAAGUGAAAGUGAUCAACGAGGCAAAAGGAAGCGAGAGGAUAAGGACAGAGAUGUGAGGACUAAGAAGAAGAAGAAAAAGAAGAAAGGCAGCCAGGUGGAAGAUGAAGAAGCUGAAACUGGAGCAAAGAAAGAUCAGAGUGGAAACGGCAUCACCUGGACCUCCAGUCUGGACAGAAAGAUCCAAAACCUGCCAGAUGACAAGAAGGAGAAGACCUCCUUGAAAAGACUGAAGCAUCUCCAUCAGGAAAAGGUGAACCGUACUCGCUCUCAGUACCGUAUAAAUGUGCAUGGGUCCGAUGUGCCGGACCCUGUGUGUACAUUUGAGGAACUGCAGUCUGAGUAUCGCCUGAAUCCACGCAUCCUUCAAAACCUCGAGGACGCAGGGCUGAACUCUCCAACGCCUAUUCAGAUGCAGGCAAUACCGCUGAUGAUGCAUAGUCGGGAGCUCCUUGCCUGUGCUCCCACAGGUUCAGGGAAGACAUUGGCUUUUAGUCUGCCGCUGCUUGCCCACCUGCAGCAGCCAGCCAACAUGGGCUUCAGGGCUGUGAUCAUCUCUCCGACCAGAGAACUGGCCAGUCAGACCUACAGAGAGCUGCUGCGUCUGUCUGACGGAGUAGGAUUUAGAGUUCACAUCAUUGACAAAGCUUCUCUGGCAGCUAAGAAAUACGGACCGCAGUCAAAUAAAAAAUAUGAUAUUCUCGUCAGUACUCCAAACAGAAUCAUUUUCCUCCUCAAUCAGGACCCUCCAGCCCUUGACCUCAGCAGUGUGGAGUGGCUGGUCGUCGAUGAGUCGGACAAACUGUUUGAGGAUGGUAAGACCGGCUUCAGGGAUCAACUUGCCACCAUUUUUCUGGCUUGCUCCAGUCCAAAGGUCCGCCGGGCUUUCUUCAGCGCCACCUGUACUCCAGAUGUAGAGCAGUGGUGCCGUCUUAACCUUGACAACCUGGUGUCUGUCAACAUCGGACACAGAAAUACAGCAGUAGAUACGGUGGAGCAGGAGCUGUUAUUUGUUGGGACAGAGAACGGAAAACUUGUGGCCAUGAGGGACAUCAUCAAAAAAGGUUUCCUUCCUCCCAUGCUGGUGUUCGUUCAGUCUAUAGAGCGAGCGCGAGAGCUUUUCCAUGAGCUGGUCUACGAAGGCAUCAACGUCGACGUCAUCCACGCAGACCGCACUCAGCAGCAGAGGGACAACGUAGUCAACAGUUUUCGCUCCGGUCAGAUUUGGGUGCUGAUCUGUACGGCUCUGCUCGCCAGAGGAAUCGACUUCAAGGGAGUCAACCUGGUGUUGAACUAUGACUUCCCGACCAGUGCUGUGGAGUACAUCCACAGAAUAGGUCGUACGGGCCGUGCAGGACAUCAGGGGAAAGCCAUCACUUUCUUUACAGAGAAUGACAAGCCUCUGCUGCGCAGCAUUGCUAAUGUGAUCAAGCAAGCUGGCUGUCCUGUACCUGACUAUAUGAUUGGUUUCAAGAAGAUACACAGUAAAGUGAAGCGGCGUCUUGAGAAGAAGCCUCCCAAAAGAAGCACAAUUUGCACAACUCCUCGCUCCUUAAUGAAGAAGAAAGCACCUAUAAAAGGAAAGAAAAAGGCAGCGGGUAGAGAACAGAAAGGAGAAAAUGUUCCUCAAACAGAUGGGGAAAAGAAAACAAAGGCAAAGAAAAAAAUGAGAAAAAUGCAGACAGAAGAAGUGACGGAAAAACAGAAGACGGUGUCAAAGAAAACAGGAUCAAAUUCAUCUGGUGCUAAAAUGAAAAAGAAAAAGAAGAAAUUCCAUCCACAGGCGCAGUAGAGCAGACUGAUACCCCCAGGCUGUUAUGAAAGAUGUACCUGGACCCUGACAUAUUCUCAAUAUUCUCCUUUUUGUUCUAUAUGUAUGAAUAUAAAAUAAAUUGUUUUGUAUAUAAUGUAUUAUUUUUGUCAUUUGUUCUGUGUUCACGACUGCAAUCAAUAAAUGUGAAAGAGAGCAAGGCAUUAAGAAAU